UCGAGCCGAGCGGUCGGUCGCACGGUCUCCCCUCGGCGCUCCGUCGGCAGUCGCGCCGGCGUCGCCGUCGGCGAUGGACCACGAGGAUGAACGGUCCCUCUCUCUGGGCACGGAGGUCUCCGCCUCCGUCCCCCCACCGAGCCCCCUAACGGGAUGCUAUCUACUCGCUGUGAUCGGGGAACCCCACACACACGAGCACAAGGAGAUUAUUCUGCAGCGACUUGUCAAAGGGCUGCUGUCAUGGGACUCGAACGAGCACCAGGUCGACCUGGAGAGCGAGCUGGCCUCCCUCACGGCGCAGGCACCCGAAGGGGAGGAGGCACGCUAUGGAGAGCGUCUGAUCCAGUUCGCAUCCGAGAACCUGGUGACAGAGAUCCUGAUCCACCCGCAGAUGAACACGCUGAUGCAGUGCAUGCGAAACCUGCUCAGCUCCUUCACGAGACACAGGCACCUGGUGCACGCCGGGUACACCUUCGCCGGAAACGGCUCCUGGAUUAUGCAGGACGGGACAUUCUCCCUAGCAGAUUUUACGGACGCUUACCAAGAAAAUGAGGUGCAACGCGUGAUCCGCGCGUAUGAGAACUCCAUCUCCAUCGACAUCCACUGCUCCACCAGUGGUGGUGGAGAAUGGGCCAAACUCCCAGACAUGCCCUUCGUGAAACAUUGCAAGAUACGGGUCAACCCCACUGAUAUUUUGGACUCUGGCUCUCAAGCCAUCAAGGAUUUUGUCUCAUACUUAGAGCCGUACAUAGUGCCGGCAUCGCUGGAGCAACUCCUGGUGUCGAGCGACGUGGUCGGCAACAUAAGGUUCAGCCACCCCACGCUCUACGUCUUCCCGGGGGGGCAGGGCGACGCCGCACUCUUCGGGAUCAAUGGAUUUAAUAUGCUAGUUGAUGGCGGAUUCUCCCGCAAGGCAUGCUGGUGGGACUUCGCGCGCCAUCUCGACAGACUUGAUGCUGUGCUGUUUACCAGGAUCAACAACUGCUCAGUGUCCGGGAUGGCUUCAGUACUUCACAGGAAGGCUGCUGCCCCUGUGUACCCGCAGAUUGGACACUUCUUCUGCAAUUUGGAGGAACGCCGCUCGCUGGCCAGCCCCGACGGCGACAAGGACCUCGACCCACUGCUGGUGUCGCUCCUGCAGCAAGGCUCGGACAUGAUGGCCGACUUGCGCCACCUCAACCUCAAGCCGCAGCACUGCUACCGCAGUCCCAACCCGGUCAACCUCUACCACAAAGUUGGACAUGGAACACUCGACAUGUACGUACUGAAUCCGUCCAAGGACUCAAAAUACGUUCGUGAAUUCCUAAAGAGGUGGCACAACAGUGAGCAGAAGCUGUUCGAAGGCUCAAGUGUGUCUGGACCGUUCAACUUCCCGAUACCCAACCUCGUGUCGAUAUGCGCCCUGCUCGUGUGGCGCCCGGCUAACCCCGACGACACGAUCACCAGGAUCAUGUUCCCCGGAUCCACUCCUCAACAUAAAAUCUUCGAAGGACUAGAAAAACUAAAGCAUCUAGAGUUCCUACAAACGCCGACGUGCACAGGACGGCAUAUGGCAACCUCCGCCGCGCCCCCAACGGCCACCACCACCGUCACUUCAACUAAAACAAGAACCACAAGCAAAGUCAGUAAAGACAAGAGCAGCAUCACUGCUGAAAAGACGAAAGACGACAAAAUCACUGAACCAGAACCUCCAAAACCGCAACCCAAAGAACCAAUAAAAGAUCAUAUUAAAGACGAAACAGAUUCUAAAAAUAUGAUUGACAAUAAAUUGCUCAGCGAGUUAACAGAUGGCGAAGAUAAGAAAAUUGAAUCGGUUCUACAGGAAGCUAUUACUGCCCGAGUAGAUACACAACUAGAUAAUAAAAUAGCUCAGUACGAGAGCACUGUGAUAGAUGGUUUGCCUAAAAAGAGGGAAGUGAAAAAGAAAGAGAAGGUUGUUGAAAAGAAAUCGAAAAAGACAGACAAGACUGACGAUGUAAAAGAUGCUUUAACCAAAAGCACUGAUACGAAAAAGAUUGAGGCUGAAACUAAAGCAAAAGUUGAUACUCGUAAAAGAACGGAAACUCGAACAAAGACCGAAACAAUGACAUCUUCUGUGACUAGAAGUAAAAUAAGUCAUAGGACUGCAAUGAGAACUGCAGAAAGAAAAACUACAACUAGCGUAGUUGACAAAAAACCAGGAUCGGAUGAUAAAAAGUCUCCACCGACUACACCAAAAAAGACAUUAGAGUCUAAAGUUACUCCUUCCACUGUACCAUCAACAGUGAAAGAUAGAGUAAAAGCGAAACCUAGAAAAUUAAGUCCAGGAAGUACACCUGCAAAAAGUACGAAGGAAGCGGCAAAUCGCAGGGUUGCCGAGUCCAAGUACAAGCAGGCAUCACCAAAACGAGAUCUAACUCAAAAACCAACGGAUAAAAAGGAAACUAAACCUAAACGGGAACCUAUUUCACGUAGACCACGUCCGCUGGCGUCACCGGUCAAGGGACUAAAGUCAAUGAAAAGCCCAUCAAAAUCUGUGAAGUCUGUAAAGACUGAUGCCAAAUUAAAGGGCUUACAAAGAGUAAACUACGAAGAUAUAUUGAAAGAAGCUAAAAAAUCUGACGAAGACACAUCAAAGUCAAUCGAUGAUAUCAAACAACAAGAACUUGAUGAAAAAGAGGAACAGGAAAUUGUUCGCGAAAUUGAAGCAGUAUUUAACAGAGAUAGCGAGGCUGAAGAAAAGAUUGAAUAUGUUGGUCGUUCUGACAUUGAAAAAAUAACAUGUUUGUUAGAUGACACUAAGACUGAAACUAUGGUUGACGGUGAAUUUGAGGAGGAAUAUUUAAUAAUUGAAAAAGAAGAGGUAGACCAGUACACUGAGGAUUCCAUCGCCGACCGCGAGAGCAGCCAUGAAAAAGAGGACGAAUUGCAAAAACACAUAAAAGAUAAAGAGGAAUCAGAAAAGAAAAAAGAUGAAGUAGUCGAAGAUGUGAAAGUAAAGACCGAAGAAGUGACAGAAGAAAUCAAACACGCAGAAUCAAAAGACCACUCAGUAAGUGUUGAAGAAAAACAAGAUAUCAGCAGUGAAAAGAAAACAUCGGAUAGUAAAAGUGCUCUUGCCAAACCUAAAGACUCUCUCGAACUUAAUAUUGUACAAGAAUCUCAACCCGAUGAGAAAAUUUCAACUACUAUUGAAUCAGGUGCUACUACUGCACCGACUCUACCUGAAGAUGAGCGUAUAACUUUAGAUGAUAUCAAAGAAGACCAACAAGUUGAAGAGAAGCAUGUUAAAGAGGAGACAAAAGAACCACCUCAGGCUCUUAUUGAUAUUCCCAAGCCUACGUCUUUAGAAAAGACUCCAAAACUUGAUACACAACCACCCGCACCAAUUAGAGAAAUUGUUAAAACACCUGACGAAGUUGCUGAUUUACCAUUGCACGAGGAAGUAGACUACAGAACGUAUGAGGAGAAAAAGACACCCAUAGAAGAUGAUGUAUUUAAACGUAAACCUGAUGUUGGCUUCUACCAUGAAAUCAAAGUUCCGAAAGACCUGCCCCUUCUGGAUCAGGAAGGUGCUACGUCUCUCAAAGGGAUGAAAACGAUUGAAGGUGAUGUCGUAAUCAAAACUGUUGAACGUCCAUCGCACGCAGAGCUCGUAACUGUUACACCAGGAUCAGCGCCGGAAUCACCAAUGUAUCCUGAGCAGAUAAAAAUAGGUGGUCCUAUCCCUGGUAAAGAAUUGGAACCCGUUAAAGAAUUUGAAGAUACGGACUACAACUAUGCUCAUUAUACUGAAAAAUUAAGAGAGACUCAUAUCACUACCGUUGACUCGCCAAUAAAAGAUGACAUAGUUAUUAUUGAAGAGGUAGAUGUACCUUGUAUGCCUGAAAAGAUACCUUCGAUUCCUGAAGACGUUGAAAAAGAAAUUGAAGAAGCUCGUAAACUAGAAGCUGCCGAAAAACCUCCGCUGAGCCCUAAAGAGGUUGAAAAAAUUGUUGCUGAUGUUGCAGAAGUAUUGAAGUCCGAAAAGAGUUUAGAGGAAAUAGUGGCUGAAAAAUCGCCGACAGGACUAAGUAGAUCGCCAGAAGUACCUUCUAAAUUAGAGACAUCUAUAACUAGUGCCAUAGAAGCGACCAAAACAUUUAUUACUAGUGAAAAACAAAUCAAACACGAUGCUCAUAAAGAAGUCACAGAAAUCAAAGAAAAGGUUCUGGAGAAAAUGCUAGAACCUGACGUUCACGAAGUGCUCCAUAAAGAAGUAUCACCUGUUAGAUCUCUCACAUCAGAAGAAGCGAGUGAAGUUUCAGACAAAACCGUUCUUAGUGAAGGAAAAAGAUCGAAAAGAGAAAUCAAAGAAGAUCAUACAUUCACUGAUAUUACGAAUACGACAUUAGAAGACAAAGUACAAGAUAUUUUGGAGAAAAAAGAUAGUUUAACUAAGGAUAUUAGUGGCGACGAAUUAGAUAUUGUUACUGAAAGUACAGAAAGAAAACUAAGUAUUUCAUUAGACACAGCAAAAACUUUAGAAAAAUUAGAAGAAAAAAUGGCGGACCUCAAGAAAAAAGAAGAAGCUUUUUCACAAAAACUACUACACGACAGGAAACUAUCUUCUACUUACGAUAAAAAAGAACUCGGUGAAGAUGUUAUAGAUCACAAAGAAAUAUGUCUUGAAAAAGAGAUUACACCUGUAGAUGAAGUCAUCUCAAAAAUAGACACAGAUAUAAAAGAUACAAUCCAACAUGAAGAAAGAAAACUAAGUAUUCAAGAAAAACUUGACAUUUAUAAGGAACAUCGUCCAGAUAAAGUAUCCAUAGAUUCGAAUCUAGAAGAGAAAAUAACUAAAGAGACAAAAGAAGAUUUAGCAAGUCCAGAUUUAGUUGAAGAUGAAAAACCUACAAGUGACGUCAAAAAAAAACCAGUCCAAACAUUAGGGACUGUAAAACCUGAAGACAAGGAUGUAAAAAAUGAUGAUACCUUAGACCUUCCAAGUGAAAAACUUAAAGGGUUUACUGAAAAACUAGAUGACCUUGUAGAUCACACAGAAACAGAAAUAAAAUCAAUAAAAGCUGAUUUCACUGAAAGGAUUGAAUUAGCUAAAGAUGAUACAGCUAUUUUAUCAAAAGGUGUAAUCGAGGAAAAAGAAAAAAUUUCUAGUGCUGUAAAAGAAGAAACCAAAGAGCUACUUUCUAGUAUCGACCGCACUAUUGAUGGAAUUGCCACGGAAGUUGAUACGAUUUCAGACAAACUUGAUAAAAAGCAAGUUGAUCUAGAAAAAGACGUUGACACUGCCAUCGAUAAGUUAACGGAAAUAAGCGGCGAUACAGAAAGAAUAGAAGAAAAACGGAAAAGCAUAACAGAGCAAAUAGAAAAAAAUUUGGGGGAAAAGAAAAGCAAGGUAGAAAAAGAAUCAUCAUCAUUAAUGGGAAAAUUUAUGGGAAAGUUUGAUGAAAAAAUAAGUGUCGCAAAAGGAUUCUUUUCAGAAACGUUUAGUAGUAAAGACAAGGGAACUAAGGAUAGUAAAACCAAAGACGAAACAACUUCAAGCCCUGAUGAAAAAUCUCCUACAUUAAUAAAAGAAGAAGAAACACAUGUAGAGAAGACACUAAGUCCCGUAAAGCCAGAUGAGGUGUCCAGUUCCGCGAAAUCAGGUGAAAAGGUGCCUUCCCCUGCAAAACUAGAUGACAAGGUUCAUAGUCCAGUGAAACCUAAAGAGAAGACGCCAAGUCCUGCAGAACUGCAUUUGAAGGCACCAAGCCCAGUAAAACUAGACGACAACGAACUAAGCCCCUUAAAAUUGGAUGAGAAAACGCCUAGUCCACUGAAAGCAGAAGAAAAGGCACCAAGUCUUGUAGAAUUGGAUCUGAAAGCGCCAAGUCCAGUAGAACUAGACGAUAAAGAACCGAGCCUGAAGAAACCAGAUGGAGAGGUGCCAAGCCCUGUAGGUGUGGAUAUAAAGGCACAAAGCCCGGUGAAAGUAGACGAAAAGGAGCCAAGCCCGGGAAAACCUGAUGAAAAAACACUUAGCCCUGAAGAGAAAGUGCCAAGUUCUGCAAAACUGGAUCUCAAAACACAAAGCCCAGUUAAACUGGAUGAGAAGGUGAAAUCAGAUGAAAAGGCGCCUAGCUCUGUAGAGCUGGAUCUAAAAGCACCAAGCCCUGGAAAACCAGAUGACAAGGCACCAAGUCCUGUAGAAUUGGAUCUGAAAGCGCCAAGCCCAGUAGAACUAGACGAUAAAGAACCGAGCCUGGAGAAACCAGAUGGAAAGGUCCCAAGCCCUGUAGGUCUGGAUAUAAAGGCACCAAGCCCGGUGAAAGUAGACGAAAAGGAGCCAAGCCUGGGAAAACCUGAUGAAAAGCCACUUAGCCCUGAAGACAAGGGGCCAAUUUCUGCAAAACUGGAUUUCAAAAUACAAAGCCCAGUUAAACUGGAUGAGAAGGUGAAAUCAGAUGAAAACGCACCAAGCCCUGUUGAAUUGGAUAUGAAGCUGCCAAGCCCAGGAAAAAUAGAUGACAUGGAAUCUAGCGCCGUUAACCUGGAUGAGAAAACAAUUAGGCCAUUCAAACCUGAAGAGAAGGUGCCAAGUCCUGUAGAACUGGAUCUGAAAGCAUCAAGCCCAAUAAAACUGGAUGCGAAGGAGAAAUCAGAUGAAAAGGCGCCUACCCCAGAGAAACUAGAUGAAAAGGCACCAAGCCCUGUUGAAUUGGACCUGAAGAUGCCAAGCCCAGGAAAGCUAGAUGACAAGGAACCUAGCCCGGUUAAACUUGAUGAGAAGGCACCUAGCCCAUUCAAACCUGAGGAGAAGUUGUCAAGUCUUACAGAACUGGAUCUAAAAGCACCAAUCGCAGUAAAACUGGAUGAUAAGGAGAAAUCAGAUGAAAAGGCACCUAGCCCAGUGGAAUCAGAUGGCAAGGCAUCAAGCCCGGUAAAACUGGACGGCAAAGAGCCAAGCCUAAUGAAACCAGAGAAAGAGGCACCAAGCCCUUUCGAAUUGGAUUUGAAAGCGCCAAGCCCAAUAAAACUAGAUGAAAAGGAAAGUCUAGCUAAGCUGGAUGAGAAGGUACCUAGUGAAGUAAAAUCAGAUGAAAAAGUACCAACUCCUGUAGAUAAAGAUCACAAAGCACUAAGCCCAGUAACACUAGAUGAGAAGGAACCGAUUCUAGUGAAACCAGAUGAAAAAGUACCUAUCCCGGUAAAACAAGCUGUAAAGGAGUCUAUCCCAGUAAAAUCAGAUGAAAGAGCUCCUAGUCCAGAGAAACCAGAUGAGAAAACUCCUAGCCCAGUGAAACCACAUGAUAAGGCACCAAGUCCUAUAGAACUGGAUCAAAAGGCGCCAAGCCCAGUGAAACCAGAUGAAAAAGCACCAAGUCCGAUGAAAGACGAGGAAAAGGCACCAAGUCCUAUUGAAUUGGAUCUGAAGGCGCCCAGCUCAGUUAAAUCAGAUGAAAAAGUGCCAAGUCCACAGAAACCAGAUGAAAAGUUAUCAAGUGUUGUUGAAGUUGAUUUGAAAGCACCAAGUCCCAUACAACUAGAUAAAAAGGAGCCAAGCGCUGUGAAACCGGUUGAUAAAGCACAUAGUCCAAUAGAAUCAGAUGAAAGGACGCUAAGUCCUGUCAAACUAGAUCUGAAGGAGCCAAGCCCAGUAAAAUUGGAUGAGAAGGUGCCAAGCCCAAUGCUACCAGACGAGAAGACACCUAGCUCUGUAAAACCUGAAGGUAAGGUAUAUAGCCCUGAAAAACUAGGCGAAGAGGCAUCAAGUUCUGUUGAAUUGGAUUUGAAGGCACCAAGCCGAGUAAAAGUGGAUAGCCCAGAGAAACCAGCUGAGAAACCGCCUAGCCCAGUGAAACCAGAUGAGAAGCCACAGAGCCCUGUUGAAUUGGAUCUGAAGGCACCAAGUACUGUUGAAUUUGAUUUGAAAGCCGCAAUCCCAGUAAAAGCGGAUGAAGAGCCGCCAACUUCUGUAGAAUUGAAUCUGAAAGCACGAAGCCGUGUAAAACUAGAGGAAAAAGAGCCAACUCCUUUGAAAGCAGAUCUCAAAGAGCCUAGUCCAGUCAAGCCAGAUGAAAAAUUCACAAGCCCCGUAUUAGGCGAGAAGGAGCUCAGUCCGAUGAAAGCAGAAGAGAAAGUGCUCAGUUCCGAAAAAACUGAAGAAAAACCGGCAAGUCCUGCAGAGUUAGAUCUUAAGGCGCCCAUUUUAGAUGAAAAAUCUCCCAGCCAGGUAAAAACCGAUGAGAAAAUGCCUACCCCAGUAAAACCAGAUGAAAAGACACCUAGGCCACAAAAACUAGAAGACAAGAAGUCAAUUCCAGCAAAAUCAGAAGAGACAGAACCAAGUCCUAUCAAACCUGGGGAUGAAAAAGGUCCAAGCCUAUCUGAGUCAGAAGAUAAGGUGCCAAGCCCAAUAAUACCUGAUGAGGAAGUGGGAAAAUUGCAAACACCUGACAAACAUGAGGGCGUGGCACCAAGUCUGGUAAAGAUUGAAGUAAAGGCGCCAAGUCCAACUCUAGAUGAAGAAACAUCUAGUCAAGUUGAACAAAUUGAAGCAGAACCUAGUAAACCUGACAAAAUGCCCACGUUAAAAUUAGAUCAGGAACCACCGAGUUUAUCUGACAAAUCUAGCCCAGAAACACCGGGGGACGAAACGCCAUGUCCAGACGAGAUAUAUGAAAUAGUGUCAAAACAUGUUGAUAUAGAAGCGCCAAGCUUAGUGAAACUAGACGAGAAAGGGCAAAGUCUGGAAAAAACAGAUGAAAAAGCUCAAAUCCCAGUAACACUAGAUGAAAAGGCGCCAAGCCCUAUUAAACUGGAUGAAAAGAUGCCUACCUCUGACAAAUUAGAUAAGAAGGCAAUCAGCCCCGCAAAACCAGAUGAGAAGGCACCAAGCCCCCAACCAGAUGAUAAUGAGCAAAGUCUCGAGAAGCUAGUUGAGAAAACUCCAAGCCCGCUCAAACAUGGUGAGAAGUCAACUUCAGAGAAGCUAGAUGACAACGCACCAAGCCUGCAGCCUGACGAUGAAGCACCAAAGGCGCACAUAUCAAGUGACAAGGCUCCAAGCCCCCUCAAACCAGACGAGAAGAAGCCAAUUCCAGGUGACAAAGUGACAAGUCCACAAUCAGUUGAUAAGGCACCAAGCCCGCAACCCGAUGACAAAGCGCCAAGCCCACUCAAGCUAGGUGAGAAGAAGCCAAGUCCAGUCAAGCCUGAUGAAAAAGAACCAAGCCCGCAACCAGAUGAUAAGGCACCAAGCCCGCUCAUGCCAGAUGACAAGGCCCCAAGCCCGAUCAUGCCAGAUGACAAGGCCCCAAGCCCGCAACCAGGUGAAAUGGCACCAAGCCCACUGAUACCAAGUGGCAAGGAGCCAAGUCCAGACAAAUCAUGUGAGAAGGAGGUAAGUCCGGAGAAGCCAGAUGACAAAGCGACAAGCCCACUCAAGCCAGGUAAAAAGGAGCCAAGUCCAGUCAAGUCUGAGGACAAAGAACCAAGCCCGCAACCAGAUGAUAAGGCACCAAGCCCGCAACCCGAUGACAAAGCGCCAAGCCCACUCAAGAUAGGUGAGAAAAAGCCAAGUCCAGUCAAGCCUGAUGACAAAGAACCAAGCCCGCAACCAGAUGAUAAAGCACCAAGCCCGCUCAUGCCAUAUGACAAGGCCCCAAGCCCGAUCAUGCCAGAUGACAAGGCCCCAAGCCCGCAACCAGGUGAAAUGGCACCAAGCCCACUGAUACCAAGUGGCAAGGAGCCAAGUCCAGACAAACCAUGUGAGAAGGAGGUAAGUCCGGAGAAGCCAGAUGAUAAAGCGACAAGCUCAUUCAAGCCAGGUGAGAAGGAGCAAAGUCCAGUCAAGUCUGAGGACAAAGAACCAAGCCCGCAACCAGAUGACAGGCCACGAAGCCCGCUCAUGCCAGAUGACAAGGAACCAAGCCCGCAACCCGAUGACAAAGCGCCAAGCCCACUCAAGCUAGGUGAGAAAAAGCCAAGUCCAGUCAAGCCUGAUGACAAAGAACCAAGCCCACAACCAGAUGAUAAAGCACCAAGUCCGCUCAUGCCAGAUGACAAGGCCCCAAGCCCGCAACCAGGUGAAAAGGCACCAAGCCCGCAGAUACCAAGUGGCAAGGAGCCAAGUCCAGACAAACCAUGUGAGAAGGAGGUAAGUCCGGAGAAGCCAGAUGACAAAGCGACAAGCUCACUCAAGCCAGGUGAGAAAGAGCCAAGUCCAGACAUGUCUGCGGACAAAGAACCAAGCCCGCAACCAGAUGAUAAGGCACCAAGCCCGCUCAUGCCAGAUGACAAGGCUCUAAGCUCCCUCAAACCAGGCGAGAAGAAGCCAAGUCCAGAGAAGCCAGGUGAAAAAGUGACAAGUCCACUACCAGUUGAUAAGGCACCAAGCCCGCAACCCGAUGUUAAAGCGCCAAGCCCACUCAAGCUAGGUGAAAAGGAGCCAAGUCCAGUCAAGUCUGAGGACAAAGAACCAGGCCCGCAACCAGAUGAUAAGGAACCAAGCCCGCAACCCGAUGACAAAGCGCCAAGCCCACUCAAGCUAGGUGAGAAAAAGCCAAGUCCAGUCAAGCCUGAUGACAAAGAACCAAGCCCGCAACCAGAUGACAAGGCCCCAAGCCCGAUCAUGCCAGAUGACAAGGCCCCAAGCCCGCAACCAGAUGAAAAGGCACCAAGCCCGCUGAUACCAAGUGGCAAGGAGCCAAGUCCAGACAAACCAUGUGAGAAGGAGAUAAGUCCGGAGAAGCCAGAUGACAAAGCGACAAGCCCACUGAAGCCAGGUGAGAAGGAGCAAAGUCCAGUCAAGUCUGAGGACAAAGAACCAAGCCCGAAACCAGAUGAUAAGGCACGAAGCCCGCUCAUGCCAGAUGACAAGGCACCAAGCCCGCAACCAGAUGAUAAGGAACCAAGCCCGCAACCCGAUGACAAAGCGCCAAGCCCACUAAAGCUAGGUGAGAAAAAGCCAAGUCCAGUCAAGCCUGAUGACAAAGAACCAAGCCCGCAACCAGAUGAAAAAGCACCAAGUCCGCUCAUGCCUGAUGACAAGGCCCCAAGCCCCAUCAUGCCAGAUGACAAGGCCCCAAGCCCGCAACCAGGUGAAAAGGCACCAAGCCCACUGAUACCAAGUGGCAAGGAGCCAAGUCCAGACAAACCAUGUGAGAAGGAGGUAAGUCCGGAGAAGCCAGAUGACAAAGCGACAAGCCCACUCAAGCCAGGUGAAAAGGAGCCAAGUCCAGUCAAGUCUGAGGACAAAGAACCAAGCCCGCAACCAGAUGAUAAGGCACCAAGCCCGCAACCCGAUGACAAAGCGCCAAGCCCACUCAAGAUAGGUGAGAAAAAGCCAAGUCCAGUCACGCCUGAUGACAAAGAACCAAGCCUGCAACCGGAUGACAAGGCCCCAAGCCCGCUCAUGCCAGAUGACAAGGCCCCAAGCCCGCAACCAGAUGACAAGGCCCCAAGCCCGCAACCAGAUGAAAUGGCACUAAGCCCGCUGAUGCUAAGUGGCAAGGUGCCAACUCCAGACAAACCAUGUGAGAAGGAGAUAAGUCCGGAGAAGCCAGAUGACAAAGCGACAAGCCCACUGAGGCCAGGUGAGAAGGAGCAAAGUCCAGUCAAGUCUGAGGACAAAGAACCAAGCCCGAAACCAGAUGAUAAGGCACGAAGCCCGCUCAUGCCAGAUGACAAGGCACCAAGCCCGCAACCAGAUGAUAAGGAACCAGGCCCGCAACCCAAUGACAAAGCGCCAAGCCCACUCAAGCUAGGUGAGAAAAAGCCAAGUCCAGUCAAGCCUGAUGACAAAGAACCAAGCCCGCAACCAGAUGAUAAAGCACCAAGCCCGCUCAUGCCAGAUGACAAGGCCCCAAGCCCGCAACCAGAUGAAAAGGCACCAAGCCCGCUGAUACCAAGUGGCAAGGAGCCAAGUCCAGACAAACCAUGUGAGAAGGAGGUAAGUCCGGAGAAGCCAGAUGACAAAGCGACAAGCCCACUCAAGCCAGGCGAGAAGGAGCCAAGUCCAGUCAUAUCUAAGGACAAAGAACCAAGCCCGCAACCAGAUGAUAAGGCACCAAGCCCGCUCAAGCCAGAUGACAAGGCUCCAAGCUCCCUCAAACCAGGCGAGAAGAAGCCAAGUCCAGAGAAGCCAGGUGAAAAAGUGACAAGUCCACAAUCAGUUGAUAAGGCACCAAGCCCGCAACCCGAUAUUAAAGCGCCAAGCCCACUCAAGCUAGGUGAGAAAAAGCCAAGUCCAGUCAAGUCUGAGGAUAAAGAACCAAGCCCACAACCAGAUGAUAAGGCACCAAGCCCGCUCAUGCCAGGUGACAAGGCUCCAAGCCCGAUCAUGCCAGAUGACGAGGCCCCAAGCCCGCAACCAGGUGAAAAGGCACGAAGCCCGCUGAUACCAAGUAGCAAGGAGCCAAGUCCAGACAAACCAUGUGAGAAGGAGAUAAGUCUGGAGAAGCCAGAUGACAAAGCGACAAGCCCACUCAAGCCAGUUGAGAAGGAGCCAAGUCCAGUCAAGUCUGAGGACAAAGAACCAAGCCCGCAACCAGAUGAUAAGGCACCAAUCCCGCAACCCGAUGACAAAGCGCCAAGCCCACUCAAGCUAGGUGAGAAAAAGCCAAGUCCAGUCAGGCCCGAUGACAAAGAAUCAAGCCCGCAACCAGAUGCCAAGGCCCCAAUCCCGAUCAUGCCAGAUGACAAGGCCCCAAGCCCGCAACCAAAUGACAAAGCGCCUAGUCCAGACAAACUAGAUGAGAAGGCUCCAAGCCCUCUGAAAUCAGAUGAGCAGGAGCCAAGUCCAGUGAAACUUGACGACAAGGAGCCAACUGUGAAACUGGAUGAGAAGGCUCCUAGUCUAGUAAAAGUAGAAGUUAUAACACCUAGCCCCUUGAAACUCGGUGAAGACACCACUCCCUCAGACAAAAUAGAGGAACUGAUUUCUAACGUAUCUAACUUAGUUCAACUAGAGGAGAAAUUAAGAGAAGAUGCGGUAUCACGCGUUGAAAAAUUAGAAGAAAAAGUACCCAGACCAGCAGAUCUGGAUGUAAAACCGCCAAGCCCUGUCAAACCUGACAAAAUAGAGGGCCUCCCUGAGAGCGUAGUUUCCAGCUCAGUUAAGUUAGCGGAAAAAGCUCAUACUCCCGAUGAGUUGCUUGUCAAGGUUACAAGUCCAAUAAAACUCGAUAUUAAGGAGCAAGCUGAUGAGGAGCUAAGCCCUCUCAAACCAUGCGACAAGGAACCAAGUUCAGAGAUGCCAGAUGAGAAGGCGUCGAGCCCACUCAAGCCAGGCGAUAAGGAGCCAAGCCCAGUCAAGCCUGAUGGUAAAAAAUCAAGCCCGUUCUUACCAGAUGAGAGCGAACCAAGCCCACUUAAACUAGAUGAAAAAGAGCCAAGCUCAAAGAAGCCAGUUGACACGGCACUAAGCCCAAUCAAACCCGAAGAGAAGGCCCCAAGCCCGCAACCAGACGAUAAGAAGCCAAGCCCACACAAACCUGAAGACAAGGAACCAAGAGCAGAAAAACCAGAUGACAAAACGACAAGCCCACUUUUAAAAAGUGACAAGGAGCCAAGUUUAGAGAAAUCUGGUGAUAAGGUACCAAGCGCACUAAAACUGGAUGACAAGAAAUUAAGUCCAGAGAAGCCAGGUGACAAAAUGACAAGUCCAGAGCCAGGUGAUAAGGCACCAAGCGCACAAACUGAUGACAAAGCACCAAGCCUUCUCAAAGUAGGUGAGAAAGAGCCAAGUCCAGUCAAGUCUGAUGACAAAGAACCAAGCACGCAAUCAGAUGAUAAGACACCAAGCCCACUCAUGCCAGAUGACAAGGCUCCAAGCCCGAUCAUGCCAGAUGACAAGGCCCCAAGCCCGCAACCAGGUGAAAAGGCACCAAGCCCACUGAUACCAAGUGGCAAGGAGCCAAGUUCAGACGAACCAUGUGAGAAGGAGAUAAGUCCGGAGAAGCCAGAUGAUAAAGCGACAAGCUUAUUCAAGCCAGGUGAGAAGGAGCAAAGUCCAGUCAAGUCUGAGGACAAAGAACCAAGCCCGCAACCAGAUGACAAGGCGCUAGGCCCACUACUAGAUUACAAGGCACCAAGCUUGCAACCAGGUGAUAAAGCGCCAACGCCAGAGAAGCUACAUGACAAGCCUCCAAGCCCUUUGAAACAAGGUGAGAAGGAACCAAGUUCGGUAAAACUAGAUGACGAGGCGCCACGCCUGCUCAUACCACACGAGAAGCAGCCAAGUCCACUCAUACCCGGUAAAUUAAGCCCAGAAAAGCCGGAUGACAAAGCGCCAAGUCCACAACCAGCUGACAAGGCAUCAAUCUCACAACCAUAUGACAAGGCGCUAAGCCCAGAAACGGAUGACAAGGAGCCAAGCCCGCUCAAAUCCGAAGAGAAAGUGCCAAGUCCAGAGAAGCCUGGUGAGAAGGCGCCAAUCUCACUCAAAACUGGUGAUAAAGAGCUCAGCCCAGAGAAGCCUGGUGAGAAGACGCCAAGCCCGCAACCAGACGAGGACAAAGAAGCAGGGCAAGAGAUGCUAGUUGACAAGGCGCUAAGCCUGCUCAAAUCAGGUGACAAGGAGCCAAGCCCUCUAAUACCAAAUGAAAAAGAACCUAGUCUGAAACCAGCAGAUAUGAGCUUUACGCAAAUCGAAAAUGAUUUGUUGGAAAAAACUACAAGUAAUCUUGAAAUGAGCGAGACAAUUACAGAGCUUGAAUCUCAUAUACUGAGCACGGUAAGUUCACUUCAACGGGAUUCAAAAAUUAUAAGUAAGGAAGCUACUUCGCAGGAAACAAUAUCCAAAAUUUUAGAAGGACAAGUAAUAUCACCUAUCAGUCUUGAAAACAAAGCACAAGAAAUGAAGUCACCAACCACUAUGAAAAUCGAUGAAACACCAACUGAGAAACUAGAUCUGAGAACGUCUACGUCCGAGAAGCCAGACGAUGAAAAAGCACCUACUCCUGAAAAGCUUGGUGAGAAACCGUUUUCACCUGAAAAGACACCUACUACUGAGAAUGCUGCACAAGAGCAACCUGGCGAAAAGGCAUCUACGCCUGAGAUGCCGGAUAAGAAAGUGCAUACACCAGAAAAGCGCAGUGAAAAAGCGCCUACCCCUGAUCGGCUUGUUGACAAGGCGCCCAUAUCUGAGAAGCCAGAUGAGAAGGCGUUUACGCAUGAGAAGCUAGUUGAGAAAGUGCCUACACCAGUGAAACUAGAUAAGAAGGCACCUACAACUGGCAAGCUAGAUGAGAUGGUGCCUACAUCUGAGAAGCCAGAUGAGAAAACAUCUGAAACAGAUGAGAUGGCGUCUACACCAGAAAAGCUGGAUGUAACAGUUCCUACGCCUGAGAAGCUAGACGAGAAAGCGCCUGCAUCUGACAUGUUAGAUGAGAUGGCGCCUAUCCCCGAUAGGCUAGAUGGUAAAGCGCCUACAUCUGAUAAGCUUGAUGACGAGGCGCCUACACCCGAGAAGCUAGAUGAGAAGGUGUCCACUCCAGAGAAGCUAGAUGAAAAGACGCCUACAGCUGAAAAGCUAGAUGAGAAGGUGUCCACACCAGAGAAGCUAGAGGAAAAGGCGCCUACAACUGAAAAGCUAGAUGAAAAGGUGACUACACCCGAGAAGCUAGAUGAGAAGUUGUCCACACCAAAGAAGCUAGAUAAAAGGGCGCCUACACCAGAGAGGCUAGAAAAGAAGGUGUCCACACCAGAAAAGCUAGAUGAGAAGGCGCCUACACCCGAGAAGCUAGAUGAAAAGGUAUCCACACCAGAUAAGGUAGAUGAAAAAGCGCCUACACCAGAGAAGCUAGAUCAGAAGGUGUCCACACCAGAGAAGCUAGAUGAGAAGGGGCCUUCACCCGAGAACCUAGAUGACAAGGUGUCCACACCAGAGAAGCUAGAUGAGAAAGCGCCUGUAGCUGACAAGCUAGAUGAGAUUGCGCCUACAUUGGAGAAGCCAGAUGAGAAAACACCUGAAACAGAUGAGAAGACAUCUACACCAGAGAAGCUAGAUGUAACAGUGCCUAUGCCCGAGAAGCUAGACGAAAAAGCGCCUACACCUGACAGGCAACAUGUCAAAGGGCCUACCCCUGAUGAGCUAGAUGACAAAGCGCCUUCCCCUGAUAAGCUUGAUGACAAAGCGCGCUCACCUGAGAAGCCAGACCAGAAGACGCUUACGCAGGAGAAGCUAGGUGAGAAAGCGUCUACACCAGAGAAGCUAGAUGAGAAAACACCUGAAUCAGAUGAGAAGACUUCUACACCAGAGAAACUGGAUGCAACAGUGUCUAUUCCUAAGAAAGAGCCUACUCCUGAGAUGCUAGACGAGAAAGUCCCUACAUCUGACAAGCUAGAAGAUAUAGCGUCUACACCUGUAAAGCUAGAUAUCAAAGCACCUACUCCUGAUAAGCUAGAUGACAAAGCGCCUACCCCCGAUACGUUUGAUGACAAGGCGCCCACACCUGAAAAGCCAGGUGAGAAAGCGCUUACACCAGAGAAACUAGAUGAGAAGGCCUCCACACCAGAGAAGCUUGAUGAGAAAGCGCCUACAGCCGACAAGCUUGAUAAGAUGGCGCCUACAUCUGGGAAGCCAGAUGAAAAAGCACCUGAAACAGAUGAGAAGACGUUUACAUCAAAGAAACUAAUUGCAACAAUACCUACGCCUGAUAAACUAGACGAGAAAGUACCUACACCUGAUAAGCUUGAUGACAAGGCGCGCACACCUGAGAAGCCAGACCAGAAAACACUUACGCAGAAGCUACUUGAGAAAGCGCCUACAUUAGAGAAGCUAGGUGAGGAGGUGUCCACACCAGACAAGCUAGAUGAGAAGGCGCCUAUACCCGAGAAGCUAGAUGAGAAGGUGUUUACACCAGAGAAGCUAGAUGAGAAAGCGCUUACAGUUGACAAGCUAGAUGAGAUGGCGCCUACAUCUGAAAAGCCAGAUGAGAAAACACCUAAAACGGAUGAAAAAACGUCUACACCAAAGAAGCUAGAUUCAACAAUACCUACGCCUGAUAAGCUAGACGAGAAAGUGCCUACACCUGACAAGCUUGAAGAAAAGGCGCCCACACCUGCGAAGCCAGACGAGAAGGUAGUUAAACAAGAGAAGCUAGUUGAGAAAGCGCCUACACUGGACAAGCUAGAUGAGAAGGUGUCCACACCAGAGAAGCUAGAUGAGAAGGCACCUUCACCCGAAAAGCUAGAUGAGGUGGUAUCCAUACCAGAAAAGCCAGAUGAAAAGGCGCCUACACCAGAGAAACUAGAUGAGAAGGUGUCCACACCAGAGAAGCUAGAUGAGAAGGCGCCUUCACCCGAAAAGCUAGAUGAGACGGUGUCCAUACCAGAAAAACUAGAUGAAAAGUCGUCUACACCAGAGAAGCUAGAUAAGAAGGUGUCCACACCAGAGAAGCUAGAUGAGAAGGCGCCUUCACCCGAAAAGCUAGAUGAGACGGUGUCCAUACCAGAAAAACUAGAUGAAAAGGCGACUACACCAGAGAAGCUAGAUAAGAAGGUGUCCACACCAGAGAAGCUAGAUGAGAAGGCGCCUAUACCUGAAAAGUUAGAUGAGAAGGUGUCCACACCAGAAAAGCUAGAUGAGAAGGCGCAUUCACCCGAAAAGCUAGAUGAGACGGUGUCCAUACCAGAAAAGCUAGAUGAAAAGGCGCCUACACCAGAGAAGCUAGAUGAGAAGGUGUCCACACCAGAGAAGCUAGAUGAGAAGGCGCCUACACCUGAGAAGCUAGAUGACAAGGUGUCCACACCAGAGAAGCAAGAUGAGAAAGCGCCUACAGCUGACAAGCUAGAUGAGAUGGCGCCUACAUCGGAGAAGCCAGAUGAGAAAACACCGGAAACAGAUGAGAAGACAUCUACACCAGAGAAGCUAGAUGUAACAGUGCCUAUGCCUGAGAAGUUAGACGAAAAAGCGCCUACACCUGACAAGGAGGAUGUCAAAGCGCCUACAACGGACAAGCAAGAUGUCAAAGCGCCUACUCCUGAUAAACUAGAUGACAAAACGCCUACCCCUGAUAAGCUUGAUGACAGAGCGCGCACACCUAAGAAGUCAGACCAGAAGACGCUUACGCCGGAGAAGCUAGAUGAGAAAGCGCCUACACCAGAGAAAGUAGAUGAGGAGGUGUCCACACCAGAGAAGCUAGAUGAAAAAGCGCCUACAGCUGAUAAGCUAGAUGAGAAAACACCUGAAACAGAUGAAAAGACGUCUACACCAAAGAAGUUAGAUGCAACAGUUCCUACGCCUGAGAAGCUAGACGAGAAAGUGCCUGCACCUGACAUGUUAGAUGAAAUAGCGCAUAUCCCUGAUAGGCUAGAUGAUAAAGCGCCUACAUCUGAUAAGCUUGAUGACAAGGCGCCGACGCCUGGGAAGCCAGACGAGAAGAGGCUUAUACCACAGAAGCUAGUUGAGGAAACGCCUACACUGGAGAAGCUAGAUGAGAAGGUGUCCACACCAGAGAAGCUAGAUGAGAAGGCGCCUACAUCUGAGAAGCCAGGUGAGAAGACACCUGAAACAGAUGAGAAGACGUCUACACCGGAGAAGCUGGAUGUAACAGUGCCUACGCCUGAGAAGCUUGACGAGAAGGCGCCUACACCUGACAAGCUAGUUGUCAAAGCGCCUUCCCCUGAUAAGCUUGAUGACAUGGCGCCCCAUCCCGAGAAGCCAGACAAGAAAGCGCUUACACAUGAGAAGCUAGUUGAGAAAGCGCCUAUACUAGAGAAACUAGACGAGAAGGUGUCUACACCAGAGAAGCUAGAGCCUACAUUUGACGAGCUACAUGUUGAAGCUCCUACCACUGAUAAGCUAGAUGACAUAUCGCCUACCCCUGAUAUGCUUGAUGAUAAGCCGCUCACACCUGAGAAGCCAUAUGGGAAGGCGUCUUCUGAGACACCUGAGAAAUUAGGAGAUAAAGAGCCUACUGUUGACAAGCUAGAUGAGAAAGCGCCUAUAGCUGACAAUCUAGAUGAGAUGGAGCAUACAUCUGAGAAGCCAGAUCAGAAAACAACUGAAACAGAUGAGAUGUCUACACCAAAGAAACUAGAUGCAAUAUUGCCUACGCCUGAUAAGCUAGACGAGAAAGUACCUACACCUGACAAGCUUGAUGAAAAGGCGCCCUCACCUGAGAAGCCCGAUGAGAAAGCGCUUACACUAGAGAAGCUAGAUGAGAAGGUGUCCACACCAGAGAAGCUAGAUGAGAAGGCGCCUAUCCUUGAGAAGUUAGAAGAGAAACUGCCAAUCUUUGAUAAGCUAGAAGUCAAAGCAUCUACCCCUGAUAAGCUAGAUGACAAAGCGACUACCCCUGAUAAACUUGAUGACAAGACGUUUAUACCUGCGAAGCUAGAUGACAAGGCGCCCACACCUGAGAACCCAGAAGAAAAGGUACUUAUGCAUGAGGAUCUAGAUGAGAAAACACCUAGACUAGACAAAGUAGAUGAGAAGGCAUUUACACCAGAGAAGCUAGAUGAGAAAGCGCCUACACCCGAGAAGCUAGAUGAAAAUGAACUUGCGAUAGAAAAGCCUAAAGACAAAUUACCCACACCUGAAGAACUUGAUGUAAAGGCGUCUUUGCCAGGGAAACUGGACGAGAAGGCUCAUAUGCCAGAAAAACCGGAGGAGAAAAUACCUACGGCUCACAAGGUUGAUGAGAAACCUGGCGAGAAAGCACGUAUCUCUGAGAAAACUGGCGAAAAAUCACCUACGCCAGAUAAACUUGAGGAAAAAUCACUUACCUUUGAGAAGCUUGACCAGAAGGCAUAUACGCCUGAGACACCAGAUGAAAAAACGCCAUCUCCUGAUAAUCUUGAUAAAUCAGCGCCUUUAUCUGAGAAACCCGGCGACAAAACAUUUACGCUUGAGAAACCUAUAGAAAAAGCUCCCAGCCCUGAAAAGUUGGACGUGAAGGCACCUACGCCCGAAAUAGCUGGCAAAAAAUCACUUAUUCCAGAGAAGCCUGAUGACAAGGUAUAUGUACCUGAGAAAGGAAUGGAACCUAAGGAGGUAGACAAAGUAGCCACACCUGAAAAGCCGGAUGACAAAAUACUUACAACUGAAAAAGCGGACGACAAAGAAAUUACACCGGAAAAACCUGUUGAUGCGGCUGUAUCGCCAGAAAAAUCAGAAGACAUAGUCACCAUACCUAAGAAACCUGGUGACACACCUGAAAAACAAGAUACAAAGACAGAUACGUCAGAGAUAUUAGAUUUAAAAGUAGCUACUCCUGUAAAACCUGAGACUACAGAUAAUAAGGCAGCUACAUCUGAGAAACCAGAUGACAAACAACCAAUAAAGCAGAUUUAUCCAUCAGACAUACUUGAUAAGAAGACUUGUACAAGUAGUGUAACCACUGACAUGAAAACACCUAGUCCUGUUGAGAAAGAACUGAAAGCUAGCACAGUUACUCAAUUCUCAGAAGUAACAGUUCCUGGUGUUAUUCCCUCUCCAAUGACUUUGGAUCUGACUACCUCAAGCCCAAUUUCAGUUGAAAAAGAGGCGGAAAGUCCAUCGUCGCCUGCUUUAUUCGAUGAAGAAAAAGAUAAUACAUUUACUUCAGUAAAGAAUUUGAAAAUACAUUCAAUGUUACCGAUAGAUAAGACUGUAAACGAAAAAUCUAAAGAAAUAAGUAAAACAGAACAAAAAGCAGAGAAACCUGGAAAGUCAGAUGAUAAAAUAACAGAUAAACCAGAAGAGAAAUCUCUCAUCCUUGGCAUGCCAGACGAUAAAAUUAUGAGCCCUAAAGAGGUUGAAAUGAAAAGUCAAAGCCCUGUAUUACCUGAAGAGGAAACCCCAAGCACUGAAGAACCAGAAGACAAAUCUUCUAGCCCUGAAAAGAAAGAUGAAACUCCUGAAAAACUUUCAGAUAAAACACCAACCCCUGAGAAAGUACAAGAUAAAACAUCAACCCCUGAAAAGACUGUGACGCAAAAAGAAUUUGAAACUGAUUCAAAAUACAGUGAAAAAGAUGUAGACGAAAAAGAUCAUGUCGUUGAAGAAGUAACAUCAAAGAAAGAAAGCCAUAUUGACGAGUCAACGAAAAUUUAUGAAAACGGUUUCUCAAAGUCACAUAUUAUUUCUAGCAAAGACACUUCGUCAAAAUCUGCUACUGAUCAAUUGGAAGACAAACUGAGUAAGGAUGAUUCACAGUCCGAACAUGGAGAUAUUUCUCCUGAAGUAGAUAUCAAACUGUUAUCAGUUAAGAAAACUCAACCAUCAGAAAAAGAAAGUGAUAUAGCAAAAAAAGUUGACCUAGAAGAAGUAAAAACUAAAGAAGGUACGUUAAUUGAUGAAAAAACUUCUGAAAUUACAAGAAAAACAUUAUUAGAGCAGAAAAGCGUAAGCCAUAAAAAAGACUCAAGCAUUGGUAGUAUAUUAGAAUCUACUGCAAAAGUAAUCACAUCUGCAUUAGAUUUGUCAAAAGAAAAGGUUAUUCAUGAUAAGUCAGCAUCUCAGAUUAAAGACGGGGACAUUGCUGAUGAUAAAGAUAUGUAUGAGGAUGGAGAAUCGCUUAGUGAAGAUAGUCAAGUUGAUUAUAAAACAUCUCAGACAAAGGAAUCCCAGAGUGAAAUUAUCGCACACCUAAAAUCUGAAACUAUGUCUAUACUUUCUAAGGAAUCCGAAGAAAUGUUAAAACAAGAAAGAGUGUUUGUAACUAAAUUAGAUGAAACUAAUAACGAAGCAACUCAUCAUGAAAUAAAGAAGAGAUCAAUACUUGAUCAAGAAGAAACGUCGUACAAGAGCACUUUAGAAACAUUGGACAAAUUAUCCUCUAUAUCAACCAUCGACAGUGGCAUCACAGACAAAGAUAGUAUGAGUCAUACCCUGGUACACGGUAGUAGUUCUGAAGAUGUUUCAAAAGAAGUAAGUCUAGAAGAAAAAUAUAGUUUUGAAAGUACUGAAAAAGGCGACAAGAAAUCUGAGAAAGAUCAAGUACAUAUAGAUGAUUCUCUUAGUUAUGGUUCAAUGCAGUCAAUAAGCAGUCAUAAAUUAGACCAGGAAACAUUCAUCAGUGAUAAUGUAUCUUUAACCUCAACGCUAAAAGACGUAGAUGUAACGCAGUCUGUACCAGCUGAUGGAACCAAGAAAAUUGCAUCAACCUCGUCUGAUGUAGGGUCCCCAAAAGAAGAAAUUCCAUUAUCGGAGACAUCGGAUUCCGGUGUUCACAGUAUACCUACUGAUAUUAACCAAAUCCAAUCUACAGCUACUGACCAAUCUGUCGACCAAUCUGUGAAAGACAGUGCUGUACAUCUUAUGGAAUCAAUACAUAAGGCCUUUGGUGAAGAAGCUGUACAACAAGGAAUCAAAACUGAAGGCUUGGAAUCACUAGUGGUCGAUCGAGUUUCUACGCCUCCAACAGUUCCUGUUAGCCCACUACCAAAAACACCAAGUAGCUUCCAGGAUGUAAAAAUUUCGGAUGGAGUUCAAAGUGAGGUCACUUAUGACAAAUCUGAUGGAACCGAAGAGACAAUAACUAAAGUAGUACACGUAGGUGAUGACGUCUUGACUCAAAAAAUAUCAACAUCAACUGAGAAAGUACCAAAGACAAUAAGAACUUCCACAAGUGAAGUAGAUGGAGAUACCGACCUCAUAGCUCUAAUGCAGACUAUGGGGAAAAUUAAAACAGAGACCGACACCGUAACUAAAAUAAUAAAGGAAGGUGAAAAUGUUGUCACGCAAACCAUUACAACAGUUACCACCAAAGAAAUUAUUUCCCGAGAAGAUGGUACACCACAAAAUGUUAAAACCACUAUAGAAACAACGACAUUAAGCAAAGGUUCAGAUGGUACAGUAAGCACUGCCACAGAUACUCAAACUUUACUCUCAGAAUGUUCUUCCAGCCUACGAUCUACCUCACAAAUGGAUAUGUACGCCAAAGAUAGCAAGGUAGAUAAAGUUUACCUUGAAACUAGUGAUGAUAAGUCUGAUACCAUAUCCAGCAGCCAAAGUAGAGAAUCCAUAGAAAAAUCUUAUGAACGAGAGUCUUCCUUUGUGAGUAAAGAACAACAUAUAACUGAAUCUCAACAAAAGACAGGUUUUGUCAGUGAAACGGAUGACGGUGAUGACAAUGUGGAAGAUACUAUUAUAGACACCGAUGUUACAAAAAGAAUAAUCAAAGAAAAUAAUAUUGAUAUAAUGGAAACAAUCACUACUGUGACUAAGAAAGAAACUUUAAAAGUUGAUGAAAACAUGCAAGUGAUUAGGAUUACAGUUGAGACAAAUAUCACCAAAGAGUUCCCGGAUGGGUCCAAAGAUGUACAAAGACACGUUGAGGUAAAAACCGAGGAAAUUGUGGGUGACUCUAGCAGUAAUCUUGAGAAGAUACUUAAUGAGUACACUAUUUGCAGUGAACCUGAAGAGAGUGUAGAGAGUACCACCGAGGAAGUAGAAGUUGACAGAAUGGUCAUCAAACGGAUAAUUUUAACUAGAAUUGUAAAAAUAAAAUACGCUGACAAUUCUGGUACUCCUAGAAAACUAAAAACAGAAACAACCAUCACUACUACAGAUAAUUAUCCUGAUGGAUCUUCUCGUACGAAAGUUGAUAACAGCACAUCUUUAUCAGAUAUAGAUACUGAAAAUAUUAUUGACACGUCCGAACUGACCAACUUCAACAUUGUAGAAGAUAGAUCUGUAGAAGUAGAUAAACAAGAAAAACCAGUUGUCAUUGAUGGAAAAAGUGUCAUGCAAGUGAUAACAACAACUACAACAAAAGAAAUCUUAUCACACAAAGAUUCGCCAAAGAAAAAAAUUAAAACAACUGUAGAAACAAUAACUGAGACAGCGUUACCUAACGGUAUGACGGAAGUUACAAAAGAUGUCAAAAUUUCUAUGUCUGACUAUGGUGAACAGCCUGUUGAAGAAAACUUAGAAGGUUUUACCUCAGUAGGUAAACCUAAAGAGGAAACGACAACUGAUUUAGAAUCAGUAAUAGAAAAUGGUAUAACCAUCAAAAGAAAAACCACUGUAACAACUAUCACCCAAGAAUUUCACAACGUUUCUCAAAAAACCAAAAGGAUUAAAAUUACAAUCAAAACUGUAAUAGAAGACGAACAUCCUGACGGGUCCAUCGUUACUAAAACAAGUGAAAAAGUAUCGUUAAUUGAUGAAAGUCUCACUAACGCAAUUAGUGCCGAGGAAGAAUCUACACCAACUGAUGAAACUAUUGAAGAAAGUUUAGCCGGUUAUGAAUUAGAGGGAACGCCUAAAGAAGAUAUAACGACAAAAACAGAAACCAUAACUGAAAAUGGCACAAUCAUAAAGAGGAAGACGACAAUAACUACCAUAGUACAAGAAUUCAUCAACAUUUCUCAGAAGACUAAAAAAACUAAGAACACUGUGAAAACUGUAACAGAAGAUGAGUAUCCUGAUGGGUCCAUUAUAACAAAAACUAGUGAGCAAGUGACGAUUGCUGAUGAAAAACUUGUAGCCACACCAGUUGAAACUGCUAUAGAUAGAAAAUCUAUUGAUAAAACUGAAGCAGAACCAGAAAAGGAUACUGAAGUCCAGGCUGUGCUUAAAGAAUUGACUCCAGCUGGUGAGCCGGAAGAUAGCGAAACAGUUGAAGUUCAAGAAAUAAAAGAAGAUACUAUAAUCAUUAGGAGAAAAAUUGUUACCAGAAUUGUCAAAACCAAGUACUGUGACUGUCAGGGAAAUCCAAAAAAAAUUAAAACGGUUACUACUGUCACUACCACCGAUCAAUAUCCUGAUGGCUCUUCUCGCACUACAGUAGAUACGAGCACUGCCGUGAGCGAUAUUGAAGUCGAAGAUGACACAUACAGGCAUGAUCUAAAAGAUUACAUACAACUGGAGGACAAGACUGUUAAUGUUGAUACCCAAGAGAAAGUUGUCAUGAAAGAUGGAAAAGAAUGUACUCAAAUAAUUACUACGACAACAACGAAAGAAAUACUUUCUUCAACGGAUGGAUCAAAAAAGAAGAUUAAGACUACGACAGAAAUAGUUACUGAAACAAAAUUGUCUAAUGGAGUCAUUGAAGUAACUAAGGACGUAAGAGUUUCUGUCGCGGACUAUGGAAUAGACUCUUUCGGUGACAAUCUUGAAGGAUUUAUUCAAGUAAGUAAACCCGACGAACAUACCACAUCUGAUUCGCAAACAAUAACUGAAAAUGGUGUUACUAUAAUAAGAAAGACCACAAUUACUACCAUAAGACAAGAAUAUGAAAAUACAUCUAUAAAAUCAAAGAAAAUUAAAACAACAGUCAAAACCAUAAUCGAAGAUGAACAUCCAGACGGGACUGUCAUUACUAAGAAGAGUGAGAAAGUUUCCAUAGCUGAUGUUUUCUUAAAAACUCCGCCGACUGCGCAUAAAGAAGACAUAGAGGCUCCAGAGUCGUAUGUCGACGAUUCGGAGACUGUGGAGGAUACCACAGAAGAGUCAGAUGUAAAGAACGAAACUAUUCAACAGGGUUCUAUUUCAAUAAAACGCACAAUCACUACUAAAACAAAGCGGGAAACUUUGGCUAGUCCAGAAAAAAGUAUUAAACGCGUCAGGACUACGGUGGAAACCACCACAGUUGAUGAGUACCCUGAUGGUUCUACUGAAACCACCAAAGACGUAAAAAUUACCAUAUCGGAAUUCCAAAAGACGACUGAUAGUAACUUACAAGCUGCAUUACAGGGACUAGCGUCCACUGGAAAGAUAAAAUCUUCGGUGGAUAAGAAAACUAAUGUCAUUAAUGAGCAUGGGCAAAAGAUAACACAAACAAUCACAACUUAUGUCACAAAAGAGGAACUAAAACAUACGGAAUCCAACGAAAUUGCUGUCAAAACUGUUACUGAGACGAUUACAGAAAAUGCUAAGACUGAUGGCUCAGUUGAAACUACCAAAGACGUGCGUACACAAAUAACUUACUUACCUGUGGGUACUGGCCUAGACGAUUGGUCCCCAGAAGAGUUAGAAGAAAUAGAAAAGCAACCCGCUGUUAAAGAUGAAAAGCCAAAACUUGAAGAAUUGCCUCUUAAAACCAAAGAAGAAUUAAAACUUGAAGCAAAACCAAAGAAACAACGAUCACCUGUGGGCGAAAUAACUACGGAUACUGACACUUUUACCAAAGUUAUCAAAGAAGGUGACAAUGAAAUAACCCAAACUAUUACUGUAGUAACAACAAAAGAAGUUAUAAGCCCAGAGAAAAUGAAAAUCACGGUCGAAACAACAACAGUGAGCAAGGGCAGCGACGGUGUAACUAAAACAACAAAAUCUACCAAAACUACGAUAUCAGAAUUUAAAGAAGAAUAUGAGGAGAUAAUUGAUACUGGAGAGAGUGAGAAGUCCUCAAAGUAUUCUUCGUCUAGAACUGGAGACAUGCGUAGCUCAUCCGGUGCAAGUGACGACUUAGACCAUCCUGGUAUAUCAUCACCACCUUCAGAUAUUAGCUCGAGAGGUUCGAGAACCGCUCAUGUGUGGGGCACAGAAAGUAGUGGUAUGUACUAUAGUGAUGAUGAUGGCCAAGGGAGCCCUAGCAGUACAAAAUCACAAAUUGCACACUCACCUCGGUCAAACCUUAGCUUUGAGUUAGAUACCAAGCUCCCGCAACAACAAGAAACUAGCCACGAAAUGUUAUUUGAAAAAUACGAAUCUGACACCGUACACAAAGAUCCAAUGUCCACAUCAAUUUACGGACAAUUACCUGAAGAAGAUUCUUGCACAUCAUCCACUCAUUCCGAUACCAAGACUGAAAUUCAUGAAACAGACAAAACGAUAACUAAAUUAACUGAAGAAUUUUUAACCCACGAAAAGAUAAAAUCUGAAUACAGCAGUAAAUCUGAUGCUACUUUCUUAAAAGAAGCUGAUGAGCAAUUCGAAAAAGCUAUCGAAGAACACAAGAAGGUUAGUGGUUCUGAAGUAAUUUCAAAUAUUACUGCUAAAUACGAACUCGACCAAAGUCAUUCUAGUGUGAGCCAACAAAUAUCUUCGAAGGAAGAAAGUACUAUUACAUUAAAAGAUCUUAAAUCUGGAUCUAAGAAAAUGACGGAGACUAUCUCGUCAUCUAGUAGCAGUAAACAAGAAUCGUCCCAGAAAUCUGAGAAGGCUGAACAUACGAGUACAACAACAACUGCAACAACUGUUAUUAAAGACCCUAUUGAGUCAUGGGGUAAGCCUCUUGGCCUGCCGAGUCCCAUUGCCCCACCUACUCAGGAUGGCAAGAGUACUCCAAAGAAACAGGCACCAAGCUCGAUGGUUCUAAAUAAAAAUAAACUUAACCAAGAAAAGAGCAAGGAGGCAAAGAGUCGCGCUUCAGAGUCCCCCAGCAAGAAAAAGCCUCAACCUCCGCCAGUCUACUUAGAGCUGACAUACGUUCCUCACCACGGCAACUCUUAUUACUCCGCUUUGGAAUUCUUUAAGCGAGUCCGAGCUCGGUACUAUGUAUUCUCUGGAACUGAACCCUCAAAGGAAAUCUACAAUGCCUUGCUAGACGCCAAGAAGACCUGGGAAGAUAAGGAUUUAGAAGUGACUAUAAUCCCAACGUACGACACCGACGUGCUUGGCUAUUGGGUGACGGAGAACGAGGAGGCUCUGGAGAAGUACAAGAUUGACCUAUCGCCGUCCGCGUCGCGCUGCACCAUCAACCUGCAGGACCACGAGACCUCGUGCGCGGCCUACAGACUCGAGUUCUAGGUGUCGGGUCUAUUUGUAGCCUUCUCAUCGAAGAAGUGAACCUCAACGCAGACCAUGCCAAUGAAUGCGGGAACCAAGUUGUUGUUGUAGGAAAAAAUCAGGCUGUGAUAAAGACGUGAACAUUCAUCGGCAUACCUGCACCGAGAGUACGCUACUCCGCAUGAGAUAGUUAGCAAAUAGAAAUGAAAGACUAUGUGAUAUUUAUACGUUAACAGACUGCAAAAGAGUUUGAUAAAAAAUCGUAGUUAAUAAUGACAUAAUGGCACCAGUAGUAGCAAAGACCGCUGGUGUUCCACAGUGAGUGUCGCCAGAUGAACUGUAUCCCGAAGUGACGAGUCCUAACCUCAUCCAUUGAAAAGUCAAUAACCAAAUUCUCGACCUAAGAACAGAAACGUCCAUUUUUUUCUAAAAAUGUUUCUAGUAGCUUCAUUGAAAAUAGUACAUGCCAUUUAAAAAAUAUUUCUGACUGUAUUUUUGAAUUUGGUCUUAUACAAUCAGUAGUGCUUUUAUACACGAUUUUUAGCGUAACCAGUCCAUUUUUUUUAGCCAAAACACCGCUUUUGAGAUAAUCAAAAUUAAACAAUUAUUUUGCUAUCGCAUUGUGAACUUUUGAAAAAAUAUUACUACUUAUACAAAAAUUAGCGAGCACGGCCACUUUUAUGUUUUAGCAAAUGCUUUUUUUACCAAGGACGUGUUAUACGGUUUGAUAGAGAUACGACUUUCGAUAAACACUGACAUACUUUAAUAAUACCUGAUAUACUUUUUAUGAUCAGAGUUUAAAUAUAUUAAAUAAUUGUCUUAUGAAGACGUUCUUAAAGAUAAUGAAGUAGCUCGAGGAGCUAGCGCGCUUGCGCUGGGUAUAAUAUUUGUUAGAAGUGACGUAAAUACUGUUAUUACUCUAUUCUAGAACGACAAAGAUGACUUCUCAUCUUACCCUCAUUAAGCUGAGGAGUAAAGUAAUAAGUGACUUAAACUAAGAUUUUUCCUUAUUUAACUUGAGCUUAUUUCAUAGUAGACAGUACGGCACGAUUGACUCUUGUAUUUGAAGCACAAAUAAUCAAUGUUUUGAAAUAAUAUAUUGCAAAUAAUGAAAAUAAAUUAAAGGACACUCGAUACAUAUGCGAAGAUGAUUAGGAAAACCUGCACUCUUAAGUUUGUUGGCGUAUGUAGCGAGCAGCCUGCGACACAGACCUCGAUGAAACCAGUUAAUAAUGACGAUAUAGGGUCAAUCGUAUGGCCGAAGACGAAGUGAUCUCUGUUUUUCUAGAUAAACAAUGAGCCUAAAACCAUAGAGAGCUUAAACCCGUAUAAAUAAAUGUUUUAGUAGAACUAUUAUUACAGAUGGAAUACUCUAUUUACCUAUGUUUGAGUUGUUUGCUUGUUGCGGCAAAGGUUCUUAUUGCAUAGAUAUAACGUUAUAUAAAUUUAACUCAUUUGAUGACUCUUGAAAGUGAUAAAUGAAUCUCUGAAUUUUUAAAAUAUAAUUGGCAAUUUAUUGUUUGGUAUAUUAUAACGUUACGUUUGAAAUUUCUAGUCGAUAUGACCCAAAUACUUGCGACGUCGCCGUCGGAGUCAUGUUAUUCGUUCCUAUAUGAACUGCGUUGUAGUUCUAACAUUUCCAAAAACUGAACCCUCAAUGUAAUUAUAGAUGAAGUAACUCCAUUAGACGAUGAUUUGUUUUACAAUUUGAAAUCGUUUGUUCGAGUGAUGUGAGUGAAUGUGAUAAUGAUACGAUCAUAAUGUUAAUUUACUUACCAUCUAGUAAGUAAGCUGCAUCAGACAGAGCUUCUCUCGUUUGACUUUUGUUGGUUUCCAUUUUGUUGUUUGCCAAAAUGUCAAGUGUGAAUUAUGAGUCAAUUAAUUUAAAGUCAUCCAUAGUGUUAAGCCGACAUCACUCGUGCUCAUCGCUUAUUCGCCACAUCCUCGUAAGUACUACAUAGCGGAACUAUUUGUAUCUCUGAACGCACCAGCACAACGUAUAACAUUAAAAAUAAAACUAAAAAUGUUAACAAAUACAUAAAAUAUCGUAUCCUAUAUUUAUUUUUGUGUAAUACUUUAUAAAAGUACGAAUGAGAAUUUAUUUUAUAGUGAACAUUAUUAUUAAUAUAGUAUGUGUUUAUCUGUGUGGAUUGAUGUGAGCACAAUAAUAAUUAUGUUUGUUUGUAUAAAUUAAUGCUUUAGAUACUUGGAUGGGACUAAACAGGGAGAAGAAUGAACAUCUGAGAGACGGAAUCGGGGUCGAUGCUUACUUAGAAUAUUUACUUAAUACACUUACAAUAUCGUUAAUGAAUUGAAGAUUAUCUAUAGUAACGUUAAACAUUCGCUGGCUGCGGUGCAAUAAAAUGUGGGAACAGGACGCUGAAUGUUGCGCUAUCUUUACUGCCUUUGAUUCCUUUAGGAUCAGGAUAACAGAUGGCGCAACAGGCGGUCAUGUUUCAGCACAGUAUUGCCCGCGGGCAACGAGCGUUUACAAAUCUGUAGUAUGAACCGCCCGAGCUUCCGACCAGUCACAGACCGCUGUCAGCCUGCCUGCUUCCCUCGCCACUUUUAUUACAUUCUAAGUCCGCAUCGGCGCCGACGGCCGCCGACGAGCGCUGAAGAUGCUUCGAUACGUUCUCAAUAGUUUUAAUACCAGGCUUCGUGUUACUUUCAGCCAGCAUCCACAAUUUAGCUGGCUCUAAAGCCUAACCCAAAAAUUUACUAAUGUAUUUUAUAGCUAGAACUCUAAUUAAUGCAUAUUAUUAGGAAUAUUAAAAAUGUUAUUAAAAUUAAGAAUUGUAUCAGCUUAGUGAACAUCAAUAGCUCUGUGAAAUAAAUCAUUAUUGAAAUUAUUAAAUGUUGUAUUCUUCCGGCCGUGGCCUCUAUCAGAACUGUGUCAUAAUUUUAAUUACUGCCAAAUAAUUAAUGUGGAGUGAGAUCGUAUGGAGAUUCUGAUGACGUCAUUGCUAUUGUGAAAUAUUUUUCUAAAUCUGUAUAUGAGAUCGUAAAUAUCACGAACGAAAGUGAAGCAUAAACUGUGGACAUCAAUGUUAAACAUAUCAGUAGUCUGUGUAUGAUCUCAAUUCUAUACUUUACUAUAAUCACCGCUCGUGAUAUACAAUUAUCGAGUUCGAUAAAUGUAUAAAACUCGCGUCAUAACUAAUACCUAAUUACGUUUUUGAAAUAAGAUUGAAGAUAGUAAUGACUUCCACUGAGAUAGUUAGAUGUCAUUUAUAGAUACAUUACCUUCUAACCAAUUAAUUUUAUAUAAAAUAUUCAGUAAGCAUUUUAAUUGUCUACUAAACAUGUAAAAGCAGUAAUAAUUACUACCAUAACUAUGAGAUUAUAACAACCACCUUUCACGUCUCUGCGCCUGCUAAAUUAUUAAUGGCAAUAUCAAAUUCUGACUUGACUCAAAAUGCUUCUCAGUGGAACUAUACGUAUACUUAAAAAUUAUUUGGAAAAUUGAGAAGGAAUUGGCUUGUUGCUUUGUUUAUGUAUACUCGGUAUGUGUGGAUGACUUUACUAACAUCAUCUCUAUCGAUCAUUAGGGAAAGCUGCGCGUGAGUGUCGUUUGCUCAACAAACUUUAAACCUAUCUUUUGUAUACUUUAUCUCAUCCUUUGAACUAUCAUCCUUUUAAAAAGAGAAGGCAAAUAUUGUUGUUACCUACUGAUUUAGGUUGUCUUCGCCAUAGUUAAUACUAUAGUAAAGAAUAUGAUUUGACAACGAUAAAAGCAAUAAACAAGUCUUCUUAUCGUGUGGGUUGAGGUGCAAUACCAAACUCAUCAACCCUGGUGUCAGAAUAAACAAGUAGACAAUAGACAAGUAGUAGGCACCUUUAAAAGUUGACCUUCAGUAAACAGUAAAUCAGAAAUAUAGGAUUUUCACAACUUUUAUUAUAUUGGUGAAAGUAAAAUCAUCUACACAAGCCAAGUAGAGUUAUGGGUAAGUAGGUAUAGAGAUGUACAAGCUUAUGUGGUGCUAUGAACUGAAGUGCUAGGCGAAUACGUGAACAGACGUUUUGAGAGUUUUCUAUGAAAAUAAUUACUUAAACCUAAAUCUAGGCAAAAAAUCGCCUAAGAGGAUCUAGUAAAUGUUUACAUAGAAAAUUGUAACACGCUUAAUGGUCCAAGACUGAUUGAUGUUUGUUAUUUAUAAAACUGAUUACAACAACUACAGUAUUCUGGUUUUACAUUUGUAUGACGAUGAUACAUACUUGCAAAAAUCGUUCAAAAACAUUCAAGAUCCAAAUGCGAAACUGGAAUACCAAUCCAGCACCUUUAAGACUUAUUUUUUGUGAAAUUUGUAACAUAAUAAUAUUUGGACUAUUAGGGUUAGCAUUCGGAACACUGUGCUUUGCGCAAGUCAGUCACACUACCAUAGAAAACAGGCAAAUCAGGCGCUAGCUUUCUAUGUGUGCUAACGUAAGCCCUAACACAGUGUUUCGUACUGUAAAACAGUAGUCAUAAAUAUUAUUUCGAUAUAAUUAUUUAUUUUGAAGCAUUCUGGGUAUACCGUUAAAAUAAUGUUUAAUAAUUUAAAUAAUGAUGUAAGCCCCUACUUGGGCCGAUUAGGUAUUUAUAACGAUUAUUGUACUAAUGUAAAACGUAAAAAAGACAAAAAAAAAUUAAGACCAUUAAUUGUAUCUAUCAGUCAUGUCGCUAUUCUCCAUUCAGCGUGUUUGGUGAACGUGUAAGAGUCAUUAAAAUAAAAAGUAUUUCAAAAUACAA